AUGAUGAUCCCGCUUUGCACCCUGCUACUGCUGCUUGGCGCGGCGGCAGGCGCCAACGGUGGGCGCAUCUUGGUGUGGUACACAGAGGCCAGCCACUGGAUCAACAUGAAGCCCAUGCUAGAGGCGCUCGUGGACCGCGGGCACCACGUGACUGUCCUGCUUCCCAGCGUUUCACUCUUCAUGAAGGCCAGUGACCAGUCCAGCUUCCACUACUUGCCAUUUAAUGUCUCUAUCUCUCAGGAGGAGGUGGAGAGCUUCAUGGAGGACUUCCUGGCGUUUUCCAUUUACGAAAUUGACUACAUGAACUACUUUCAGCUCUACGCCAAAUUUGUGACCCUGAUGAAACGGGACCUGAAGUACACGUUGAAGUAUCUGGAUGGCGUGGUGAAGUCAGAGGACAUAAUGACCAAGAUAAAGGAGGGCAACUAUGACCUCCUCCUGGCGGACCCCAUCUAUGCGGGCAGCGACUUGGUGGCCGAAAUACUGGGUAUCCCGCUGGUCUACUCGCUGCGCUUCUCCGUGGUGUACAACUGGGAGAGGUACUGCGGACAGUUGCCUUCCCCACCUUCUUUUGUUCCCGCCGCAAUGAGCAAACUGACUGACAAGAUGAGCUUCUCCGAAAGACUGUGGAACUUCCUCUUCUACGCUCUGAACGACAUUGUGAUCGAAUUUGCCAUUUGGUCAGAUGUGGAUAAAUAUUACACACACUUCAGAGGCAUGCCCACGAGUGCCUGCGAGUUAGUGGGGAGGGCAGACAUUUGGCUGAUGAGGACUUACUGGGAUUUUGACUACCCUCGUCCUUUCCUGCCGAACUUCAAGUUUGUCGGCGGGAUCCACUGCAGACCCGCCAAAGCUUUACCGGAGGACAUCGAAGAGUUUGUGCAGAGCUCAGGCGACGACGGCAUUGUGGUCUUCACUCUGGGAUCCAUAAUCAAGAACGUCAGUAGCGAGAAGGCCAACAUGAUCGCCUCGGGCCUUGGUCAGAUCCCCCAAAAGGUGCUGUGGCGGUAUAGCGGAGAAAAACCAACUACUUUGGCCCCCAACACAAGGCUUUACGACUGGAUCCCUCAGAACGACCUCCUGGGUCACCCCAAGACGAAAGCCUUCAUCACUCACGGCGGGACCAACGGCAUUUACGAGGCCAUCUACCACGGGGUGCCCAUGGUGGGCAUUCCCAUGUUCGCCGACCAGCCCGACAACAUGGUGCACAUGAAGGCCAAGGGCGCCGCCGUCACCGUGAACUUCAACUUCAUGACCUCCGAGGACCUCAGCCGUGCUGUCAAGACUGUCAUUAACGACAAAUCGUACAAGGAGAACGCCAUGCGUCUGUCCGACAUCCACCACGACCGACCCAUGAGCGCCCUGGAUGAGGCCGUGUUCUGGAUCGAGUUUACUAUGAGACACAAGGGCGCCAAGCACCUCAGGGUACACGCCCACGAACUCACCUGGUACCAGUACCACAGCCUGGAUGUGGCCGGCUUCCUGCUCGCAGUCGUCCUGCUCUCUGCGCUUCUUUGCGUCCACACGUGCAGGUGUUGCUUACGUAGAUGCUGCGGCAGGAGCAGGAAGAAGAAAGUGUCAAAGAAAAAGUCAGAGUAA